CGGGGAACCCACUGAUGCGUGGACAUGUGUGUAACACGGAUACCGCGAGGGAAUACCGCGGAGCGACGAAAUUCAGGAUUUGAUGUCAAUCGCCGCCAUUGUUGGAUUGGUAUGUAUAUUUUACUGUUCUCCUUUCUUAGAUUCUCUUGAAAUGUCGUUAGUCGCAUUCUUCAUGGCGAUGGCGUCAAGAGGUGGAAGAACGAACGUUAUGUAACGCGAACGGUGAGUUUGUUCUUUUUUAAAGAAAUUUUAGUUAAAAUACGGGUAGAACGGUAGUAUAAUGGUCAACGUGACGACAUUUACUUCUAAAUCUUAGGUUUAAUCCCCGAGAAGAUUAUUGCGGCGUUUAGGGGGCAGAGCUGUCUGCAGAGGCGUACUCAGACUUGCUCGGGACGUGUGUCAAAUUUGUUUGCCUGCGGAAGAAACGUCGAAAAUCAGGGAUCGCGGUCGCUUCGAUCAGAGGAUCGAGGUCCUACGGAUUUUGUUUCGCUUCUGAGCCUGCAAAUUUGGUUCCGCUUCCGGUCUUGCAAAUUUUGUUCCCCUUCCGGUUCCCCGACCUCCGGUAGCCAUGAUGGCGCUCCUCCGGGCGAGGCUCAAAAUCAUCCCCGGUGCCAUCGCUUCGAACAUUCGCGCACGCGCAGACUGGCCCACGAUCUCACCGGAGGCUGCGGGGACUCGAAAACCCGAAUGUAAAAACGUCCCUUCGCCUCCACGAAAGAAAUCCUGGUUGAACUUCUGUCGCAGCCCUAAAGAGUCGACCGACUGCUCGCCGGCACCUUGCGACGACGAGACCUUCUUCGAGUACUUGUUCGGCCGACCACCCCGGAAGCCUGACCCUUGCACCUGUCGUCUGGCCCAUCGUAAACGUGGCUGGAAACCUCCCUACCAGAUGAUUCCAGGGGGCACUCUCGUCUACCUGGGGACUUCAAGCUCUAAGGCGGCGGAAGUUUCUAAGGCAGCUGUGGUGCGAUGCUGCGAGAACCUUCCACGUGAUACUUGCAAGAAGAUCUCCAGGUACGAGCAGCUCCGAAGAUUGACAAAACAGGCGAAGAAAUGUCCCUGCCCUCCCGAGAUCGCGGUAGAAGAGACGAAGAGGACCGGAAGAAACGAAGAACGUGGACCCUCUCAAUGACUUAUUAAGAUCGAAUUAAUAC